AUGGUGAGCAGUUUGAUCCAUCGACUUUUCUCUCCUAACAGAGCUCAGUGUGAAACCAAGCCCGAGCCGGAGGCAAAGACAGGGACCAAGGAGUUCUCGGACGCUGCGAUGGGCUACGACCCGGACACUUGGUACCGAGUGUACGAGGCUGUGCCGAAGACUGAGGCGGAGAAAAACUAUGAGAUUAUCAAGGAAUGCGGGUUAGGGGAGAUUUGGGGUGGUCCAGAGCCCCCGGCACCAGCUCCACCGAAGCCUCAGCCACACACGUUCGGGUCGGAAUGGGAGAAGGAAGUUGGCAAGCAUUACGGUCUGGUUCCGAAUGAGGCUGAACCACGCACAUCCAACGAGAUUCGCGAAGCAACGGCUGAUUAUGCCAAGAGAAUCCAUCAGUCUGAUCCUGACGAUGCGUGCAAGUACUUGGCGAUAGAGGAGUACCGUUGUUUGUUGACGGCGCAGGCCGACAUUGAGACUGAGGAGGCUGCGACCAAAUGUUUCAAGUGGAAUGAUGAGUGGCGUCGUUGUCAAUGGGAUCAAUACAAGUUCAAUGAGGGUCUCACUUAUAUUGAAGGCCCUCAGAUCAAGAAGGCGUAUCGCUUCGCCCCGAACUACAAGUAG